UAUAUAAGUGCAGUGAUUUUGUGUUACUGCCUCUUUCUCAAAUAAUUGCACUUGCAAGAGCACCUCCAUCACAGCCAGGCUCAUCUCGCGGCAUCGAAUUUCGGAGAUUCCAAUUAUUUUCAUCUUUAACUUUUAGAGACACAGAUUCAAGAUGUCGGGAGCCAAGAAACCAAGAACAGACAAGAAGGGGUUUAUGGAGCGUCUGAAUGCAGGCGAGAUGGUAAUUGGUGAUGGAGGCUACGUGUUUGCUUUGGAGAAGCGUGGUUACGUCAAGGCAGGACCAUGGACUCCAGAGGCAACCGUAGAAUACCCAGAUGCUGUACGACAGAUCUCCAAGGAGUUCCUCCGUGCUGGAGCUGAUAUCAUCCAGGCUUUCACAUUCUACGCCAGUGACGACAAAUUGGAGAACCGCGCAAACGAAUCCCUCAACAAACACACCGGUGCCAUGAUCAACCAGAGGGCAUGUGACAUUGCCAGUGAAGUAGCUGCCAUCGGCAAUGGUAACGGACCUGGUCUGUUUGCUGGUGGUGUGUGCCAGACACCCGGAUACCUAUCCGGUGGCACCAAGGAAUCCGUCCAAGCCAUCUUCCGCAAGCAGAUCGAGGUCUUUGUCAAGAAUAAGGUGGACUUCAUUAUCGCUGAGUACUUUGAGCAUGUAGAAGAGGCUGAAUGGGCUGUUGAAGAACUGAAGAAGACUGGUAUCCCUGUAGCUUGCUCGCUAUGUAUCGGACCCGAAGGUGACAUGCAUGGUGUCUCUGCCGCGGACUGUGCCGUCAAGAUGGCCAAAGCUGGUGCCGAUGUUGUAGGUGUGAACUGUCACUUUGACCCCUGGAUGAGUCUGGAAGCUGUAGCUCUCAUGAAGGCAGGUCUAGAGAAGGCUGGAAUCAAGGUGCCUCUUAUGAUCCAACCCCUCGGCUUCGCUACACCAGACUGUGGCAAGCAAGGAUUCAUCGAUCUUCCAGAGUUCCCAUUCGGUUUGGAGCCACGUAUCUUGACACGUUGGGAGUGCCACCGCUACGCCCGUGAAGCCUACGACAUGGGUAUCCGUUACAUUGGAGGCUGCUGUGGAUUCGAGGCCUACCACAUCAGGGCGGUCUGUGAAGAGCUGAACAAGGAGAGAGGAUUCUUCCCUGAGGGAACAGAGAAGCACGCUCUCUGGGGUGAUGGCCUUCGCCAACACACAAAGCCAUGGGUCAGGGCUAGGGCUCGCCGUGAUUACUGGGAGAACUUGAAACCAUCAAGUGGUCGACCCGACUGUGCCUCUAUGUCCAAACCUGAUGCUUGGGGUGUGACACGUGGUGAUGCCAACCUUGUUCAGCACGUUUCUGCAACAGACGACGCAGAACUGAAGAAGUUGUACCAGCAUGAGAAGGCUUAGGAUCAGUGUGUAUUACUUGCAUGGAUUCAAGAACAGUUCGUCGGAAUGUCCUUUUUAUGAACCAACCUAACCACAUGUAGCAAACAUUCCCAUACAUGUAGAUACCAGAUGACCGCAUUGUUGUGCCUUGUUUAUUAUGACUGGCUUAUACAUGUAGUCAUGUGACUAU